GAAAUAGUGAUGGGCCCCCCCAGUUAUCGAUUACAGCUGUAACUCUGCACACGUGCUGGGCAAAGUAUUUUUGUAUUGUUAUUUGAUUUUACUAAUUCUCCUGACAAGAAAUGAGUGACGACGAGGAGCACUACGAACCGAAGGCGCACAAGAAGCUGCUGCAGGCCAUCGGCAGUCUGGGCAAGGUGCAGUACAUCCAGAAGUCCACGCGCGACGAGCGGCAGUCGCGCCAGGAUGAGUUCCAACUGGUGAAAGGUGUUUCGUCGGCGGAAACAGAUAGUGCCCCCCGAGCCGUGGGUUUGAACGAUCUGGUUGAUAUCCUGCGCACCUCCACCAAGCACAGUCAGACGGGAAAGAAGCUUAAGAACGUCCAGGGCAGCAAGAAGGUACUUGAGAAGCCGUUGGAGAAACCAGCAGCAGAUCGCAUUAAGCGAACCAUUGGCUACGAGGGAGUGACCAAGAAGCUCGGUCGCUGGGAUGCUGUGGUGGCUCAACAGAGAUCUGCGGAGACGCAGAUCUUUCCCUUACCCUCCGAAACGGUUUACGUGAACACUUCGGCGAAAACACGAUCCCUAAACACACGGAUCAAAUCCAAUCUUGCUAAGGAACUCGAGGCUAACAACCUGAAACUACGGGAACUGAGGAAAGCACAAAUUGGGGACACCACGGAUGAAAAAGAGCUGGCCAAGCAGGAGCGCCUUUUACUGCAAAAGAAGCUUACACGGGAUGAGCUCUUCGCCCGUCGCAAGGAGCUGGCUUACCUGAAGAUGCGCGAGUCUCAAAAGUCAGCAAAGGCACGCAUGCAAAACAAAAUCAAAUCGAAAAAGUUCCACAAGCUGCAAAAGCGUCAGAAAAUGUUGGAGCAGAUGAAGGAGUUCGAGUUGCUGCAGAAAACCAAUCCGGAAGCGGCGCUGGAAAAGCUAAAUGCGCUGGAAAAAAGUCGAGUCCAGGAGCGCGCCAGCCUGCGGCACAAGAACACCGGUACUUGGGCUAAGAAUCUGCAGAUACGGGCCAAAUACGACAAGGAUGUGCGAAAGGAUCUGGCCGAGCAGUUGGCUGUUAGCAGGGAACUGACCCAGAAAAAGCACCAGUCAGACAGCGAAGAUGAAACUAUCAACAAGAGAGUGGUUCCCGAGGAGGAGGAGAAUGACUACGAUCCCUUUAAUCCUUGGACAAAACGAAAAGCUACGGAGGAAACGGAAAAUGGAAAAGGUGAAAGUGAGGAUUCCAAUUGGCGACAAUACUGGACAAAAAGGAAUAAAAAUGAAAAGUUACUGGAGGAGCAUCGUAGGAAUAUGGAAGAAGUCCAAGAUAACGACGAGCAGGAGGAGAAAGAAACUAUACACAAAUCAUUAGACGAAGUAAAACCUACCAAGAAGAACCUAAAGAAAUCGAAAGUUAAGAUAGAAAAUGGCUGGCAGGUGGAAAAUAUUAGCCCAACUGAACAGAAAAAAAUCAUGGGAAACCCGAAUUCAAAAACCAUUGAUGACAUUUUUGAGAAGCACGAAGAUGAAAUCAGAGCCAAACUAACUAAGAAAAUGGAGAAACUAAAGGAACGGGUAAACAAACUAAAAGAAGCCCCCGUCAAGGGAAAAAAGACGAAAAAGAAGGACGUCCUGCAAAACCUUAAAAGUCUGGCUUUAAAAAAGAGCAAGCAGCAGGUGGAGAUCGACGAGCCUCUGAACUACGAGGAUGAUAAAGACUCACAGAUUAAUAUCCCUGCCCAAUUGGAAGUUAAUACAGAAAGCACGGAAACUCCAGCUGUGGACACCAUAGAUCCCAACAAGGUAACCACUUUAGUGUUCAGCCAAAAAAAGAACAGCUCGGGAGGCCUUAAUGAUGCUCUGAUAGACGAUGAAGCAGCAGAAUACGACGAGGAAGACGCGGCUGCUGAACGGCAGUUGACAAUCAGUCAGGCCUUCGAGGACGAUGACAUUGUAGCUGAUUUUAAUCGGGACAAAAGCAAGGACUCGGAGCUGAAAAACACUGAGCUUCAGCUGGCCCUGCCUGGAUGGGGUUCCUGGGCGGGUGCUGGCAUUUCGAAGGAGGUAAUGGAGCGACGAAACAAGCGGCUUCUACUUAAGUUGGCCGCUCCAGAAAAGCGUCGUGACGAAAAUAAGGAUAAUCUUUACCUCAACGAGUCAGCCAGCAAGAAGGCGCGCGAGCACAUGGUCUCCAGCAUCCCAUUUCCUUUCCGAUCCCUGGCAGACUACGAAGCCAGUAUCCGUGCCCCAGUUGGCCGGAACUUUGUGCCGGAGACGGCCUUCCGCAUGCUGACCCGUCCGGCUGUCAUCACGCGCAAGGGUCAGGUAAUCGAGCCUAUGACUGAGAGCGAGCUGGUCAAGCCGGACAGGCGUCUACGUCACAUCGUGGACAGGAGGAUAAAGCGCAUACCGAAAGUGCCAUCCAAGGCCAAGAUAGCAUAGAACUAGGAAUAGUUUUAAAAAUAAAUCUGAAUAAAAUGAAUGAAAAGGAA